UUCUCGCGAGUCUACCAGAGACCCGGCUAUAUAUGCCAAACCUUGGUGCUCUGCAAAUAGCAUCCAGCACGCAGCGACCAGCGAGAAUUCUCAUCUCAGAGGCAAGCAAGAAGCACCAAGGCAACAAGAGCAGAGGAAGCAGACAGAGAAAGGCACAGACAGAGGACAUAGACAUGGACAUGGCAGCAUCUUCCUCGGCGCCGGGCGCGUCCUACUUCAUCUUCAACUUCUCCGUGGCGCCGGCCGUGGUGGUCAUCUCCAUCAACGUCAUCCUCGUCUGGCUCUCCGCCCUCGUCAAGUCCUCCUCCUCAUCCUCUUCUUCGUCCUCCACCAGCCGCCGCUCGGCCGCCCCCGCUCCGGAGCAGGAGCCAGCGCAGCCAGCGCCGGCAAGUGGCGCCUCCGAGGUCGACCUGGACGUGGUUCUCGGGGUGAUGGGCGCGGGCAGCGCUGCCUCGAUCGGGUUCGAGGAGGCGGCCAUCCUGUUCGAGGAUGACGAGGCCACCGUGGAGGAGGCCGCGGCGGCGUUCCGCGUCUUCGACCGCAACGGCGACGGGUUCGUUGACGCCGGAGAGCUCCGGAGCGUGCUGAGAUCGCUCGGGUUCACCGCCGGCGUCGCGGCCGCGGAAUGCCAGCGCAUGAUCGACGCCUAUGACGAGAACAAGGACAGCCGGAUGGACUUCCAGGAGUUCCUCAACUUCAUGGAGAGGAGCAGCUCGUGAAGUGGCCGCCGGCGUCCGACGACCGAUGAUUUGCUCGAUUCAUUUGUUCGUUCGUUCUGCUUACUUGUCCUUUUUCCGGCCCGAAUGGAGCCGAAUGGUGCACCGUAUGUAUUUACUCCGAUUCUUUACACAAUACAUAUGCUUUUUAGAGCAUCUCCAA